UUAGAUCUGCUGUCGUCUGCUGCUGCCUCACACACACACAUACACACACAAACACACACACACAUACACAGGAAGUGCUGCUCGUUCCCAACUGCGGAUAUUCAGCCACUAUUGAACACGAAACGACGUGAUUUCAACGUUUUUUCUCUGUUUAAUCUUCAAGGAGAGCACCUUUUUUCUCCUCCUCCUCCUCCUCCUCCUGCACGCGUCUUCCCCUCUCGCUUCAGAGUAGUUGGAGAGCUGCAGAGGCGAGCAUGACAGCAUGACAAUGGUGCAAGGCUGGCUGACAGCAGGAUGGUGCGUUUUUUUGCUUAUUGCCUUUUUUGACUUUUGAGGAAUGGGCUCUUUGCCGGAGCAGUCGCCGAAAACUCCUGCGGUUGAUUUCGCGCAUUUCGACUUGAAAAUCUUCCCACUUAUUGUGUUGUUAUGGUAAACAUCUGGUGCCUCGUCCAGUGCGCUCUUUUCUCACCUUUUUCCGCAUCUCUAAUUGGAGCAGCGCGUCUUAAUUGAUGGAGAUCAGCCACACCGGACUCUGACUCGCAGUUACACCGUGAUCCAGCGCGCUGCAGGCGGACUCUCACCGACCCGGCUGUCUGUGGAUGUUAUUGUCCUCUAUCUGCUCCAUCUGUGUGUCCUUCCCUUCAGUGACAAUGCCGGUGAACGCGCUGCCCCGCGGCGGCGGCAGCAGCCACGGCUUCGGCGGCCCGGGCUCCCUGAGCCCCGCGUCGCUGUCCCGCAGCCUGUCCCGGCUCAGGGAGUACCGGACCCGGACCCGGAUCAUGCUGGCGCUGGGGGUCUCUCAGAUGGUCCUGGGGAGCCUGAUCCUGGCCGUCAGCUUCGCGGCUCUGGCUCUCACCACGUCACCCAGAGUCCGGCACUCGUGUCCCUUCUGGGCUGGUUUCUCUGUGCUGCUCUCUGGGCUGAUUGGAGUGGUGUCAUGGAAGAGGCCGCUCUCUCUGGUGAUCACGUUCUUCAUGCUGCUGUCAGCUGUGUGUGUGAUGCUCAACCUGGCCGGCUCCAUCCUCUCCUGCCAGAACGCUCAGCUGGUCAACUCUCUGGAGGACUGUCAGCUGUGUGGAUGUGUGUUCUCCCCUCCUCCCCCCCAGCUCAAGUUUGACAGCGACGGUGUGUGUGUGUGCUGCGAGAUGCAGCAUCAGAGUUCGAGCUGCAACAACCUGGGAGAGACGCUGAAGCUGAAUCCACUGAGGGACUGCAACACCAUACGCCUCCGUCUCAAGGAGCUGCUGUUCAGCGUAUGUGCCCUGAACGUCAUCUCCACCAUUGUGUGUGCUCUGGCCACCGCCAUGUGCUGCAUGCAGAUGGUCUCGACUGAUGUGCUGCAGAUGUUUAUGCCACACAGAGCGCGCGCCCUAAACGCUGACUGUAUGACCCCCCAUGGAACCAUCCUGCACCAAACACUGGACUUUGAUGAGUUUAUUCCUCCCAUCCCCCCACCACCCUACUACCCCCCGGAGUACACCUGCACCCCCUCAAUGGACGGACAGAGAGGUCUGCACCUGGACUUCCCCCACUCUCCCUUCAGUGCCAUCUAUGGAGUGCCCAUCAACAGCCCAGGGACUCUGUACCCAACUGACCUGCCUCCGCCGUACGAGUCUGUGGUGGGACAGACUCCCGCCAGCCAGGUCACGACUAGCAUAGAGCAGCAGGCUACUGGAUCCAGUCUGUGUGAGAGAAACACGACUGCAGGACUCAGCACGCAGGCCUCGGUGGACAGUGCCUCCCUGAUGGUGUCUGAGGUGGCUGAUCAGGACCAGACUUGCUCCUCGGAGGACUUGUGCUCCCUGGAGGUCCAAGGCUCUGACUCCUCCCCCUAUGGCACGCCCCACACCGCCCCCAUCGACGGAAGCUGCAACAGCCUGGAACUUUGCACUCGUGACCAUCGAGGCCGGCCGAACACUGACGCUCGCCCCAGUGACACGGGCUACAGCGAGUCCUCGCACACCCAGGAGUCUCUGGAGCGCUCUCCGGACUGGUCCUCGGAAAACUUUAGCAAUCUGGACCAGGAGGAUUCUGCAGACAACACACACCCGUGUGAGGAACUCAGGGCUUCAAUGCACAUUUGUGACGAGCUCGCAUCAGCCAAACAUUUACCAGAGGAGCCACCUAAAGCGCCAACACACUCCCUCAUUAAAGCCCGAAUGAUGAGCCGGAAGCUGACGCUCCCCGUCACCAUCCCCCCGCCGCCGCAGCCCUGCUCCCCCACCUCCGUGGCCUCCUCUGGUGGGACUUCUGCCAUCAGUCCUAUGGCUCCUUCUCUUUCCCCUUCCCCUCCCAGCAGGCCGCGCGGCCCCAGGCUGUGUUUCAGUGUUUGGUCACCCUCCUCUGCAUCGCAGCCCCCCUCUACCUCAGCCCAAAGUGGCUAUUUGCCCUCAGAGAGGCCUCGGGGGCUCCGAGCAGCCAGGAGGUACCGCAAACUGGCACGCAUAGUCCGUUCCACCAGUGACCCUAUCUCCUGCUCCUCUACUACAGGAAGAGAAAAUAGUGGCUGCGCCUCUGCGAACCACCCUGCUGCUGAAGAUUCAACUCAUACAUCUCCAGAGCAAGAGCCAACAGAUGUUACAACAGGUGUAGUUGGAGCUAAACCUGGUCACUUAAGUGUCAGGAAGCAGCAAAAGGAAGGCAGGAAAGUUGACAUCCAGCUUAAGCCCCGCGCCCUGCACACACACUCCUCCAACGAACGCCCUCACUCCCUGGCUGACUUUAAGAUGUACAAAGACACCAAAGUACUGGUGGCCAAGUUCCUGGAGCAUUCCAGCUGCAGUCUACCUCCUGAAGUCCAGCAGGUUGUCAACAACAUCAAGUGUGUCAUCAAAUCGGAUGAGAAACACAUGGAGGAGGCCAUUUUUAGUGCCAAUGUCAUAGAUCAGGUGAUGACUCAGCGUAUUAUCGGCAGCCCCAGGAAGCGCGGCCACGAGGAUCUUCACCUUCAGAGCUGCGGUGCUUUGAGUUCGUCCCCUUCCAUGCGCCGUCCAAAACACCUCCCACAGACAACCAGCGCCUCCACCAACCCACUGGACUCCCCCUCCUCUGAACAAAGCCUUGAGUGCAAAGAAACUAUUCUCUGACCACUCUCCCAACGAGGACUCGGAUCAGAACUCUGAGGGCAUUUCAGAGUGCCGGUGCUGCAGCCACGCUGUGCUGUGUUUUGCAGCAGAUGUCUGUAGAGUAAUGGAUAACUCUUCCAGCACUGAAAGAUCAUUUAUUUUCACAGUGUGACUGCAGCACAGACACACUGAAAUGGUCUCAUACUGUAUCUCCUAGUGCCCUGUGAGACCGUGCCAAGUCAUCAGCAGAAAUGGUAGCAAACUCAGACUGAGCCUGCCAGUGUCUGUAGUGGCUUCUUUCUCAUCAGAAAAACAAAAAGAAUGUUUCUCCCUCAGGGGAUCUUUUCUACUCAGUUUCACCUCUCAAAAAAAACAAAAACAAACACACAACUGGUAAGUUUGGAUCUGUGACUAAAAGACAAAGGAGAUUGUGUCUAUCAGAAAUCCUCUUGUUCUCAUAAGAAGCGGAAAGAAAUAUGUUUGUAUUAAACUGUGAACUGAACGGACUGGGCAUUACUAGCCAUUGUUUGCAGACUUUGUGGAACUGUUACUGAUAGGGUGGUGAAUAUUUUGUGGUGCCGCUGGUUCAAGAACAUCACAGAUGUGGAUUAUUUAACUUACCUCAUUGUGUUACAAUUCUUAUCAGUGUUACAAUAAAAUAUGAGUUUGUAU